GGCACCACCAUCUCUUCUCCUUCCUUACCCAGUAUAAUCUAAUCAACAAGAAAGAAGUAGCAGCUGAGAUGGCUAAGUUGAGCUCCAAGACCUCUGCUAUCCUUCUAAUGGUGGUCUUCGCCAUGAUUUCAAGCUUGCCAAGAGAGGCAGAAUCUUCCAAGCUCACAAUUUCGUGGCCUAAAUGGUUUUGGUGUUUCCCUGAAUGUGUUAUUGGGAAGACUUGCUUCAUGAAAGUGCAUGAGUUUUGCAGACAUGAGUUGCCUGAUGUUUCUGUGCUUAAUUGCAUACUCGUCGCUCUUGAAUGGUGUGAUAUCAUGUUUUUCGAUCUUAAUAAAAUGGUUAUCCCUCCCUAUCCUCCCAGUGCCAAUUCCCUCAACGGUACAAAUGAGACGACGGCCCUUAAGCAGGAAGUUGAUUUGGAAUAAACAGGAUGACGCCUACUUGACUUUGG